UACAAAUUUCCAAAUUCCCAAUAUGUCAACUUUCCAUUUAUCCCAAAAUCAUCAAAUCUUCCACUUUCACAAUACUAAAAAAAUACCACAUUUCCCCACAAGCAAAGUAAUCACUAAAUUCCCCAACAAAAUCUCUCAAAUUUCACUCUUUAAAAAACACCAUCCAGUUUUUAAUCAGAAAUUAAUAAGCAGCACCACGAAUGGAAAUAAACUAAAGACCAUAUUCAAAUGCGUGACAUUAACCAAAAAAAUGGUACAAAACUAUUUUAAAUUCAACAAAAGUCAUCGAGUGAUCAUCGACCUUGAUACCUAGCUGUAUCGAUCGUAAUCAAGAAUGAUGCAAAACUGUCCAAAAUUACAUGUACGGGUGAACGUGUCCCCUUCCUUUGUCGUUUCUUUCGUGGAGGGAUGCCUGAGCGUUUUUGUUAUACAGUUUUUCUACGAUAAACAUUUCUGCAGUUUCUCCGAAGGAUGGGAAAAUGUAGCGAUGUGAAGUGUACAAAAGAGGGGAUCGAUGGUGUUCGUAUAAAGUGGACGCGUGUCAGGUUAACGAAGUGUAGUUUCCGUAAGAAACUCGUCGAAGAUCCUAACUUCGCGACAUAACUGGAAUAAUAUCUUUGUUUACUCCGUUGCGAGGAAUUGUAUCAAGGCCGUCCUCAUGAUGCACGACCCUAAAUUGAUACACGGAGGAAACUACAUCAAGGAGGGCAAAGACUCGGCCAAAAGCACUUGUCUGAUUUUUUCUCCCGCAGAUGAAGAUUCCGUCGGAGCUUUGGGAAGAUAUCUUCAAUUAUUUGCUGAACAUGAAGUCAAUUUAUUGCACAUCGAAUCGAGAAGCUCGCUUCGUCACGCGAGCACGUACGAAUUCAUGGUGGAAUGUGCGCCAGGUGGAAACCUUGGAGCCGUCAUAGAAAAUUUGCGCAAGCAAUGUACCUAUUUCUCAGUCAUUUCUAGAAACCAUAAAGAUAAUAUGGGAACCGUGCCAUGGUUCCCGAGGAGGAUCAGGGACCUCGACAAAUUCGCGAACCAGAUUCUUUCUUACGGGGCUGAGCUCGACAGCGAUCAUCCGGGAUUCACGGACCCGGUUUAUCGACAGAGACGCAAAUACUUCGCCGACAUUGCUUACAAUUACAAACAUGGUCAACCUAUCCCCAGAGUAGAAUAUACCAAGGAGGAAAUCGAGACCUGGGGUGUGGUUUUCAGGAACCUGACGAAACUUUACCCAAAGUAUGCUUGCAAAGAGCAUAAUCACGUGUUUCCACUGCUCAUUGAAAACUGUGGCUACAGGGAAGACAAUAUUCCUCAACUGGAAGACAUUUCUAACUUCUUGAAAGAUUCAACCGGUUUUACUCUCCGUCCAGUGGCUGGUUUGCUGUCGUCUCGUGACUUCCUUGCUGGUUUGGCAUUCAGAGUGUUCCACUCAACGCAGUAUAUACGGCACAGUAGUAAACCAUUGUACACACCUGAACCUGACGUAUGCCAUGAAGUGCUGGGUCAUGCACCAUUAUUUGCCGAUCCUGCAUUCGCUCAAUUCUGUCAGGUUGUCGGCCUGGCAUCCCUAGGAGCACCGGAUGAAUAUAUCGAAAAACUUGCGACGUGCUUUUGGUUCACCGUGGAGUAUGGUAUUUGCCGACAAAAUGGCGAACUAAAAGCAUAUGGUGCCGGACUACUUUCGUCUUUCGGCGAAUUAGAGUAUUCUCUGAGCGGUAAACCAGAACUGCGACCUUUUGAACCAACGAAGACCGCAUUGCAGAAAUAUCCGAUAACGGAAUAUCAACCCGUAUAUUUUGUUGCUGAAGACUUCGAAGACGCAAAGCAGAAGAUGAUAAAAUUCGCCGAAUCCAUACCACGGAAAUUCGGGGUCAGAUACGACCCGUACACUCAAAGCAUCAGCAUAAUCGACAGUAAAUACCAAAUCGAAGAAUUGAUUUACAACGUGAAUCAAGAAGUACAAAUCCUUAUGGACGCUCUAAAGAAACUAAAGGAAUAAGAGACAACGAAAGAGAAAUAACAUUUAAGUUUAGGUUAAUCUUUUAUUUUAAUGAUUGAAUUUUUCUGAUUUUUAAUAAUUUGUUUUUAUAUAUUAUGC